CAUGAACAAGUUGUUGAUGAAACCAAAACGGCAAGAAUUAGAAGAGACAAAAAAACAUCGAUUUGAUUUACGAUAAUAAAUAAAUACGUUUAUAAAAAUAAAUGAAAAGAAAAAAAGAACGAGACGAUCUGCACGGUUCCUUUUGGAGAAAGAAGUGGAAAACAACGCCCCCUACCGACAGACUGUCACAAAAAAAUAGGCACAGCUCAUCCGCUCACCUCCCUAUUGACGUCACUACAGUGUCACGUGACUAAGGAGGAGCCAAUCAGUACUCUAAAAGAGAGAGAGAGAGAGAGAAAGAGAGUCAAGGAGAAUCAUCAGAGCAGGAAAAUAAAAGCGUCUCAGGACCAGGACCAAGACCUGGACUCGGAUUUGGACCAAGACCUGGACCCAGUUGCUCUGUGAUUCGUUCGGUUCCCGUUGUGGUUUUGUGGAGUCGGUUCGUGUGGAGGAUCGUGUACCGGGUUUCAGACCGGACCAGGCCAUGGCUGUGACGUGUUGAAGAGCCGUCUGUGGACGCGCGCCGUGCGUGGGGGAGGAAGGGGAUAUGCUGGAUUAUAAUCCGAGUGUGUUUGUCUUCAUUCUGUGAGAAAAUCCUUCAUCUGCCUCCCCCUUCUCCUCCCCCUUCAACACCGCGGAUCCGUCGCCUUGAGGCCGCGUCCGUGUCGGGCCUUGUCCUCCCCUCGCUCUCCUCCCCCCUUCCUCCUCCUCCUCCGUCCAUUUCUGCUCCGCACAUACAUGUAGCUGCGCCGCGCGUGUGCGUGUGAGAGGCAGACGCGCGUCCACAGGGAUAAACACACGGAGCUUGGAUUAAUUUAUUUCUCAUAUUUUCGGGGACAUGGAGUUUACCAGCGGAGGAGUGGGGGGAGGAGGAGGCGGAGGAGGAGGAGGAGGAACCAACAAACAGUUCUACCACCAUCACCAUCACCACCACCUCCAUCAGCAGUGUGAGGAGAACAAGCCUCUGCUGGGAGACAUGUUCGAGAGCAACAAUAACAGCAGUAACGGCAGACUGUGCGGCAGGAGCAAACCGCUGCAGAACAACGGCAACGGCGGCGGCGGCACGGGCGGCAGCGGCGGCGGCGUCGUGAGCGGCAGCUGCGGAAGCAGCGGCAACGGUGGAGGGAUGAGAUACAAGCUGCUGCACGAGGGCGACAUCCAGGUGUGCGUGCUCAAACACCCGCGCACGUUCCUCAGUAAGAUCCUCACUGCCAAGUUCCUGCGCAGGUGGGAGCCGCACCACCUGACCCUGACGGACAGCUGCGUCACCUCAGCUACGGUGAGUGGGUACUUGUUUACAUCAGUGUCCUACAGUUCCAUUGAGGACCUGCAGCUCCUGUCCUGGGACAACGCCCCCAAGUACUGCGUCCAGCUGAGUUUUCCUGGUGGGACCGUCCUGCUGCAGGCUGCUAACAGUUACCUGAGGGACCAGUGGUUUCACUCUCUGCAGUGGAAGAAAAAGAUCUACAAGUACCGGAAAGUUCUGAACAACCCGAGUCGCUGGGACGUGGUGCUGAAGGAGAUCCGAGCGCUGGUGGACAUGGCUCUGAGCUCCCCCCUGCAGGACGAGUCCAUCCACCAGGCACCGCUGCACAUCAUCUCCACCCUGCUGGCCGAGAACUCGAACCUCAGCGCCCAGGACCACGAGAACAUCAUCGUGGCCAUCGCUCCUCUCCUGGAGAACAACCACCCCCCCCCUGAUCUGUGUGAGUUCUUCUGUAAGCACUGUCGGGAGCGGCCGCGGUCCAUGGUGGUGAUUGAAGUCUUCACUCCUGUGGUCCAGAGAAUCCUCAAACACAACAUGGAUUUUGGGAAGUGUCCUCGACUGCGUCUCUUCACCCAGGAGUACAUCCUGGCUCUGAACGAGCUGAACGCUGGGAUGGAGGUCGUCAAGAAGUUUGUCCACAGCAUGCACGGUCCAACAGGACAGUGUCCUCAUCCUCGUGUUCUGCCAAAUCUGGUGGCAGUUUGUCUCGCUGCCAUUUACUCCUGCUACGAGGAGUUCAUCAACAGUCGGGACAACUCCCCCUCCCUGAAGGAGAUCAGGAACGGCUGUCAGCAGCAGAAUGAGCGUAAACCUCCGAUGCCUCUGCGCCUGCUGCGUCCUGAGCCUCCCACGCCACCGCCUGCCACUGCGACGCUCCUUCCCAUGUCCAACAGCCCCCAGCCCGCCCCCCCCUCUAACACCGCACCCUCGUCAUCCUCCUCUUCCUCCUCGCCCACACCCUCGCUGCCCCUCUCUCCUCCCACCUCCGUCGUCAACUCCAGUGAGAUCCUGGUGGAGCUGGAGCGCAACAACAACUCUGCCAACACCAAGAAGAAGAGCGCGCCUUUAGGGGGCGACAGCGAGCCCAACCUGAUCGACUGUCUGCUGGUCAGCCCGGCUGUCAACACGUUGUCCAUCCAGCUGCCCGCGCAGGCCGACCGGGUGCUGGGCUGCUUCGCCCUCAUCCUCAAGAUGCUGUCAGACUACGACGACUGGAGACCUGCUCUGGCCAGUCUGCUGCAGCCCAUCCCCUUCCCUAAAGAGGCUCUGGCUCACGGCAAGUUCACAAAAGAACUGAAGUAUGUGAUUCAGAGGUUCGCUGAGGACCCCCGCCAGGAGGUUCACUCCUGUUUACUCAGCGUUCGUUCAGGUAAAGACGGCUGGUUCCAGCUCUACAGUCCAGGGGGCGUGGCCUGUGACGAUGAUGGAGAACUGUUUGCCAGUAUGGUCCACAUCCUGAUGGGCUCCUGCUACAAGACCAAGAAGUUCCUCCUGUCCCUGGCAGAGAACAAGCUGGGUCCAUGUAUGCUGCUGGCCCUGAGGGGGAACCAGACCAUGGUGGAGAUCCUGUGUCUGAUGUUGGAGUACAACAUCAUUGAAAACAAAGACACUCAGCUGCAGAUCAUCUCCACCCUGGAGAGCACCCAGGUGGGGCUGCGCAUGUACGAGCAGCUGUGUGACCGCCAGAGGGAGCUAAAGGAACUGCAAAGGAAAGGAGGUCCAACCCGACUGACGCUGCCGUCCAAGUCCACGGAUGCAGAUCUGGCUCGGCUGCUGAGUUCUGGUUCCUUCGGGAACCUGGAGAACCUGAGUCUGGCCUUCACCAACGUCACCAGUGCCUGUGCUGAGCAGCUGAUCAAACUGCCUUCACUGAAGCAGCUCAACCUGUGGUCCACACAGUUUGGGGACGCAGGCCUGAGGUUGUUGUCUGAACACCUGGCCUGUCUCCAGGUCCUGAACCUCUGUGAGACUCCGGUCACUGACGCUGGGCUGCUGUCUCUGAGCUCCAUGAAGAGUCUGUGCAGCCUGAACAUGAACAGCACCAAACUCACUGCUGACACCUAUGAGGACCUCAAGGCCAAACUGCCAAACUUGAAGGACGUUGACGUUCGGUACACUGAGGCCUGGUGAUGGCCUGGCCACGCCCAUCAACACACCCACCUGUAAACGAACACACACUCUCACACACACACACACACACACACACACACCAUGUCAUCACUGCUAACGCCACAACCAGGAACUCUUGAUGACAUCGACGAUGCCAGGAUCAUGUGACCAGAAGUGAUAUGCCAGUGGGGGGGGCGGGAAGGGGGGGGGCUCCAUCAGAGUCACACAUAUCGCCAAAGCACGGUGUCGUCUGCUAAGAGGAACUGUCACGUGACCAUGGACCUGGUCAAUUCCUGUCCUUCCCUGGACCUUGUUAUUACUUCAGAUCAGAGGAGGCGGAGCCAGCCAAUCAUGGAGCAGUUUUCUGUCUCCGCCCCUCGUCCUAAAUAACGUGCAAUCUUUCCCCGUCUCCCCGUCUACCCUCCAUUCUCCUAUUGAACCCUGGAAAUUUCCACACCCUUCACCACGCUGCCCUUAAUCGUGGCCCCUCUCUGCUGCCGCCAUGUGGCAACAUCUGGACACUGCAGCUCACAUUCCACUUUCUUCUUCUCUGAUCUGCACACUGAUGGUGUCUCAUUAGAACUUGUAAAGAUAGUUGUCUCCGUGGCUGACGCUCCGGUCGUUGUUUUGGGGGAAACAAAAAAAAGAGGUGCUACCUCCUGAGGAAGAAGACUGUGCCUAAAACCCCUUCAAUUCACAAGAUAAAAAAAAAAAACGGGAGAAAGAACUGAGGAAAAAAGGGUUUUUAUCAACUUGAAUGAACAUAUUUUUCCAGACGUUUGUGCUUUCAUAUACUGUGUGUUUCUAUAGAACAGACGGAGAGAGGGCGUGGUGCGUGCUCCAUGUUCCAGGAGCGCCCAGGAAACAAACCGCGGCCACGUUUGUUCCUGUUUUGUCUUCAUUGUACAUAACUCCGCCCACCACGACGUCCUGUCGCUAUUUAAUAGGACUGUAGCUGUAGCAUUAGCCGUGGCAGUCUGGGACUGUCUGAUAUUUAUGAAAAACAAAGAAAAAAAAACAACCAACAAACACUUUUAUUCUGUCUAAUGAAGUGACACCAGAAGCCAACAAAAGAGGGCGCCAUAUCAGGGAUCUCUCUCUCUCUCUCUCCUGAACCAGAUCGUUGGUGGUGAAGAACAUGGGAUUGGCUCACAGCGAUGUGUAGGCGGAGCCAUCACCAGCUGAGUUGUAUAUUUUCAUAUCUCCUGCUUUCACGAUCGCUCCCUCUCUGUUUUUGUCAUUUGACGUUUUUUGCGAAGUAGAAGAAAAAACGCAAAAGACCAAAAACAGUUGAAUUUGGUUAGUUUUGUUCCGUCAGGCAAUUGUGGGCGGGACUUGGGAGCCAACCUGCCUGGGGAGAGACACGGACGACAUCUUGUCACUGAUUCCGCCCCUAAUCCCGCACUCCCUCGCUGAGUUCAAAGUGAAGGAUCACAGUGCCUCCAGUGGAUGUUUUGUUAAACUCUCUGUUCUGAUUAUUUAACUGUAAGAACGUUCGUCCACAGUCUGACACUUUUGGAAUUUUGUUUUGAGAAUGAGACAAGUUUGUUGUACAUAUUUUUAUCCUGAAAGACUUAAAAACCACAUCCUGCUAAUACCCUCCUUUACUGUGGUAACUGCCCCCACACUGCCCCCACCUGUCAGGGUCUGUUCCAGUUGCCUCAGAUGUUGAAAGCAGGGAAAAAAACACAAAUUUUUCCAGUUUCCACAAAUCUAGCCAAACCUGGUAUUUGGUCGUUAAUGGUUCCUGGUACUCGACCUACGUGAACUCGAUAAGAAAGUCAGCAGAGUUCAAGUUCAAGGGUUCCACAGAACCAAAAAUAUAUUCUUCGGAAUUUCCACCAAAUCCCCCGCCCCCCAACAUUUCAACAGCAUUGUGACAGUGAUUGACAGGUGACAGGUCUUGUGACUGUGGCUCAGUUGGAGUCGAUCCCUUCUGCUGUGGGGGAUAUUUAUUUAUUAUUUUUUUAAUAUUCUUUUUAGAGCCAAUGAUUUUUUUUACCAAGAAUUGCUUACAAUCUUUUUUUAAAUUGCCUUCAUGUACCCCAAGGGUACCUGUGCCCCAGUUGAACCACAGCUACAGAUGAUACAGUAGCAUUAAAAACUCUGUCUCAGGUCGAGUCCUUUGUUAACGUCUACACUAGCCUCUGUAUGUAGGAUCACUUUUAGCGUUAGUGCUACCUUGAUGUCAGACUAAAUUUCUGCAUUUGGGGUAAGAGUGACACCUACUGUUUGUAUUUGUUUAUACAGAACUUAACAAGUUCCAAGUUAACAGGUUAUAUUACACAAAAACUAACUAAGCUAACAUCCUAGUGUGGGUUUGUUAGCAUGUUGGCUAAACUAGUCUAGUUCAGUCCACCACCAGUAGCACACUCACCAAAAAAGGGAAAAAAAUGUGGCUUAGUAUUUGUGACUAACGUUAGCAUUGUAGCCAUAUCUUUAGGUAGCAAGCUAACAUACAUUUUUACAUUACUGUGUUAAAGACACAGAAGCCAAACGUUUGAGAAAAGUGUACCACAGAUAUGUUGAAUUUUUCAGAAGAGUUCAUGACCAAAUAAGAAAACAACUCCAGGGGGCGCUACAAGGAUACUUCAAUAUAUUUGGUGGAAAGUUUCCACAUCCCAGGACGACUGGAACAUUCUCUCAAUUCCCUCUGUGUUGGUGGUAAAAUCAGACGGUCGACUGUUUCUCUGUCACCUUCUAUCUUCGCCCUGUCCACAUUUUUAUACGUCAACCAAUAAGAUAACAGCUAGCCGUCCAACCACCAGAAGCUUUUAUUUAUUGAGUGCCAUGAUGGUUUUUCUGUGCAGUCAUCUUUGGUCCGACUCCUGGACCUCGUGCUCUUUGGUUUCCUGUCUGAUGUACAGUGUAUAUAGUCAUUGUCUCCUCCUACAGACAAACUGUUUCCUGUCCUCUUCCUCGCCUUCAUCUCUGUGUGUGCGGUUGUUUUUGUUUUUAACACAAAGUGCACUGUAAUCCAAGACAAAGCGUUUUCAUCCACAAUAUCUUUUAAGUUGCUACGAUUCGAUUAAUCCGACGUUAGUUUCCUGUGUUAUCUUUUUGCAUGUUGCUGCAUCGUCUUUUUUUUUUUGUAAUUUUGUUUAUAAAUGAUUCUAAAAUAUGAUAAAAGGGUCUGAUCACUAUCUCCCUGUGGAUGCCAUCCAACUGUUUUCUGAUUGGUUGUUGCCAGGAUCUGCCCACUGAGGCUCCACAGGAGUCUAUUGGUCGAAGAAGUUGUGGUUUGAUUGUUAUUAAUAUUAUUUAAAACAAUAAAGAGAGAGAAAAGCCACUUUGA